CUUCCCCGUUUCCCGGAACUUUCAUCUAACCGGCUCCGUCAAUCCCGCCGGAACCUGAUCCACCUCCACCGACCGGUCAACCCCCUUACGAUAUGGACAGAUCCAGAUUCGUCAUCGAAUCCGACAAGGCACAAGAAAUGGCCAAAGAGUUAGGCCUAACACUCCGGCAGCUCCUCCCCACCCUCGUCGAUUCAGCCCAGUCCCUGGCUCGCCCUCCAAUCUCCCAGUUUCCCGUCGGGGCGGUUGGUCUGGGAUCCUCCGGCCGAAUCUUCGUCGGAGUCAAUCUUGAGUUUCCUGGUCUUCCGCUUCAUCACUCUGUCCACGCCGAGCAGUUUCUGGUUACCAAUCUCUCCAUCAAUGCGGAGCCAGGAUUGCAGUACUUUGCCGUCUCUGACCCCCCAUGCGGCCAUUGCCGCCAGUUCCUCCAGGAGCUACGCGGCGCUGCCGACAUCAAUAUCCUUAUCAUCUCAUCACAAAACGAAAAUAACAAUGGAAACCCAAAGCGGGACAAGGCGAAUUCUAAAGAAUUCAAUCCAUUGUCGCAGUAUCUCCCGGAGAGGUUCGGUCCGGACGAUCUCUUGGGGAAAGACGUGCCUUUGCUCCUGGAGACUCAAGAAAACGCCUUAUCUUUCUCCGAGUUCGCCAACGGAGAAAUCACUGGAAAGGACUUAAAGUACGCCGCUCUCGACGCCGCAAACAUGUCUCAUGCGCCGUACAGCGGGUGUCCAUCUGGGGUAGCGUUGGUGGAUGUUGAAGGGAAGGUAUACAAAGGCUCUUACAUGGAGUCUGCCGCAUAUAACCCGAGCCUGGGACCAGUUCAGGCGGCCAUCGUGGCGUAUGUAGCCAACGGUGGCGGCGGUGGGUACGAGAAGAUCGUUGGUGCGGUGUUGGUGGAGAAGGCAGAUGCCCUGAUAAAGCAAGAGCACACAGCAAGGUUGCUCUUGCAGUGUAUUUCUCCAAAUUGUGAAUUGAAGGUAUUUCACUGUGUAUCUUUGAAGAAAAAGAGCAAAAACCCAUCUUGAGUUGGAGUAUCUAUAUUUCUCUGUACUAGCAACUGUAAUUGCUGGAAAAGCUUGCAACUGCAUGAUCGAUCAAUGAAUAUCAUGUCCCUGUUUUCUUCCUCGUUGUUGGUAUCAAAAUCACAGAGGCUUGACCUUCUGUUUCUCAAUUCGAAAUUCUGAAUUAGAUAUAUUCAAUGUUUAGAUGAACAUGGAACAGAUGAGAAAUGCUAGUUCUUGGUUGAAGGAGGCAUAAACUGCAUAUUAGCAUGCAUUUGAUUUGAAGUUAAUAAAUUUUCCUGUUAUUUUCCCCUCCUUGAACUUCAAUACAAUUCUACUGCUUUUGCUUUGUAUUUGUAGUAGUAGUUGUGUAUAAGGGAUUAUUGAGUUUCUGUAUAAUGUUAGGUUUUGUGUGGAGUUUCAUUCCCACUACUACAAAGCAAUGACUUGUAGUUAGAUUGACUUGAGUUUCUUCAUGUGUAGUGUGUUUUCUAUUACAAAAUUGAUUCUUUAAUUACAUAUGUUUCGUCCAGAUUAUCAACCGUAUGGUUCAUGUUGAAACAAACGAGACAUUGCAGG